CAGUGUGUUCGCGGAGACGGAACCCGCAGGAAGGUAGUGAUCACUCAGUGAUGAGCGCGACCCCUUCGGUUAUAUGUGAUGCGUUCUGAUUUUCGUAAUUUCAGAGUGUUGUGACGUGUAUGCAGUCAUUUUCACUGUUGAUUCUCAAUGUGCAAUUCUUAAAACCACAGAAAUGUAGUUUUAGGAGUCAUGAAAUAGUGUGACACAAAAAUUUCGCAUUAGAUAUUGUGUUGUUACCAAGUGUUUAUGGAUAUACAGUGAUCAUCAAUUCAUUAGUAACGCGUGAUUUCCCUUUGGCCGCAUGAAGCUAUCUAUGAACAAGCCAGAGGGCAACGGAAUCAGUGAAGCGAGUUACUAAGGUUUCUCUCUACGUAAAUAACGGAAUCCUUUAGCUUUAUUUCAGUGGUAUGGGAAACACUAACAAUCUAUACAAUGUACACCAUCUCUUUCGGUGUACUGUACCUACGUACGUAGGCCCCAAUGUAAAACUCCGCCAAAGACCAACCAUGUCUGCUUUGAUUAUAGUGUUAUGAGCGGUAAACAACACAAUGCUUGCUCUCCCGUUAUUUCGGGCGUAACUGCAACACUGGAGUGGAGGCGGAAGAAGAGCCGUAUGGGGGGGGGGGAGCUAUCUUGAGAACAAUACGAAACGGAUCUCCGGUUAUUUCGGGCGUGACUCUGCAACACUGUAGUGGAGGCGGAAGAAAAGCAGUAUGGGGGAGCUAUCUUGAAAACAAUACGAAGCGGAGCUGAGAAGAAGAAAAAGAAAGAAGAGGAAGAAGAAAAAAGUAAGAAAGAAAGAAAAAGAAGAUGAAGAAGAAGAAGGAUGAUGAAGACAGUGGUGAUGAAGCAACUUAGCAUGUAUGUAUGUAUGUAUGCAUGUAUGUAUGUAUGCAUCAAUGAUUUUGUGGGAGAAGUUACGGUAUACAGCGAGUAGUCCGGGAUGGUAGACUGAACUUGAUAAUGAUUUAAACACAAAACCUGCAUUUCCAGACAAAGAGAGAGAGAGAGAGAGAGAGAGAGUGUGUGUGUGUGUGUAUUUACCUAAUUAUUAUUCACUAGACCUGAGCUACAUUCAUAAGUUAGUGAUCCCACAUCUGCAUUAUUUUACCUAGUCCAGUCUAGUCCAGUCCAGUCCAGUCCAGUCCAGUGUGUGUGUGUGUGUGUGUGUGUGUGACAGAGCUAGAUUCUGCCACGCAAGGGGAGGUCCCGUUCCUCCUAAUGGCACUGAGGCGUUUCACUUUUCCUUGAUUAUACCGCGUAAUUGGCAUCGUUACGACUUGUAAUAGGACAUCCUGACGCAAGGAAAUUAAGAGAAGGUGAAUUACAUCAUAACUCAACAGAAAAAAAAAAAAACAUAACUGUAAAACAUAACCUUACUUCCUUUCGGCCUCGCUAGGCUGGGCUGGGUUGGCUCCGCUGGGAAGGUACAGUAAUUGUAAUGUGUUACUUUUUCACUCACUUCUCACUUUCGUUCUCUACAUACUCUCUCUAAUGUUUUACUUCCUCCACCACGUAUAUCUGAAAGACGCCCAGUGUUUUAUUUACUUAUAUAUUUAUAUUACACUAACAUGCCUUGUGACACUAUAUAACAACUGUGUGUGUGUGUGUGUGUGUGUGUGUGUGUGUGUGUGUGUGUGUGUGUGAGUGUAUGUUUCCCUGAUUGUAUUUCCCGUAUACAUCAGAUUCCUAAUGAUUGUACCAAUGUUAUAUACUACCAACAGCCAAAGUCGCGCUAUAUUUGAAUUUCUUAUGCAAACAAAACAAAAAAAAAGUUCUAGAACUUCAUCUGCUAUUGUAAACAUCACGGAAAAGUUUGCUUUUCAAGAUGAUCACGCAGUUUUGAUGAAGUGUUUGACUCCUGUAUCAGUGACUAUCCCUCUCCCUGAAGAAUCAUGUUACGUAGAAAAAUUAAAACCUUUAUUCAGAAACUCGUAGCGGGUGAUUGCUCCUUGAGAAUUCUGAGUGGAUGGCGAAAAGGUUGAUAAUCUGAUAAGUCUAUGAGCUACAUCAAUCAGGCGUCAUUAUCAUCUUAGUAAUGAUGAUUCUUUUUUUUUUUUUUUUCUGUUUAUUUAACAGCCAGUACAAACUACCCCGGUCAGCAGGCCCAAUGGGGGGCAGCUUGUGGUGGCGUGGAUGCGCCAGACUCGCGUCCAUAUCCUGCUCCGCGGCUCAGUCAAAUAAGACUCUCUUUGCAUUCUCUGCCGGGUUCCUGCUACUUCUGAUAUUCUACAGUGGUAGUGUCCCUAGGCUGUCGAUCACGGAGAAGCAUUACCAUUACCAUUUAGUGAAACAAAAGGACCGAGACAUAAUGAUGAACAAUAAGACAAUAUUUAAAGUUUCUCAACAAUCUGGCGUCUAUGACUAUAGUUUCCCUACAGAAGGGAGCACGAAUGCAAUGUACUUAAAGCUUAAUAAUACAUCUGGAAAUAAAGUUAAAAAUACUGUGAUAAAAAGUGGCGAAACUAUGAACAUCAAAGUUGACACCACUGGCAGCACAGCAGCGAACUCCAGCACCACCACCAGCGAAACUCGAAAAACGAUAGUAUUUAACACAAAAUUUUUCUCCGGAUCAUGGGAGGAUUUCCUGGCCGAGAGGACCCUACUGCCGCCCACGUGUCCCGUUACCAACUGUGAUGUUCUUUUCAAUACCUCUCAUCCCGAAGACGCUGACGCAAUAAUCUUCCACGGGCAGGAUAUCAACUAUGAGUCUUUGCCAAAGCUGCGGCGGCGGGGCCAGGUCUACAUUUGGCUUAACAUGGAGGCACCGCGUACAGACAAUAAUAAUGUCCCGCACCGACUGACGCGACAAUUCAAAAUUGUACGAAAGAUGGUGGAACAAGAAGAUAGAAGACUGUUUGGAUUUCCAGGUUUCUUCAACUGGACCUUCACUUAUCACCGAGACUCUGACCUGCUCUUGUUGUACGGAGGCUUGUGGCCACUGCAGGGGGAAGGUAAUGUUGUCCAGCCAGGCCUCCUUAACACUUCCGGCACUACUUACAAGAACUACGUGGCAGCGCUGUAUCGCGGAGACCUACUGCAGGACGACAAGCAGCAGGAGUGGUCAACUUUCCUAACGCGGCCCAAGCUAGUGGUCUGGAUGGCGUCGCACUGCAGCACUUCCUCAGGCCGCGAGUUCUACGUGAGGAACCUUCAGAAACACCUGGAAGUCGACGUGUUCGGCGCGUGUGGGGACCUAAAGUGCGGGAAGAGUCACCACGACGUCGAGUGUUAUUCCCACCUCCUUCAACCAAACUACAAAUUUUACCUGGCUUUCGAAAACAACUUAUGUGAGGAUUACAUCACAGAAAAGGUGUGGCUGCCCAUGCAUUACGGCCUGGUGCCUGUGGUGUACGGCGGGGCGCGCUAUGCUGACUUCCUGCCUCCGCACUCUUACGUGGACGCCACGCACCUCACGCCCCUCCAGCUGUCUCGUCUUCUCUCAAGAGUUGGAGGUUCCCCGGAGCUGUACGAGCGCUACCACCUUUGGCGAAAAUACUGGAGGGUGUUACUGAAACCUCCCAUGUGUGAACUUUGUUACAAGCUGCAUCUCAGAACACAUGAGGAGGCGGCAGUGGCACGGCAGAGGCAAUACCGGGAUCUUCGGGCAUGGUGGUGGAGAGUUAACAACUGUACUACCCAGUAUCCACCAGACCGGUACCCACGAGAACCCGAACCCGAUUCCAGGCCACUCAUGCAAAAGCUAAUGGAUGUGUUUGGGUUUCUCAAGUGGGCGGGGAGAUCGGCUGCUUCCGCUCUUCCCUCCAUCAGGCGUGGCUCGUGACUGUAGUGGCCUGCGUUAUGAUUUAUAAAACGCUCCGAACUUUCAUAAGAACUAUUGCCAAAAGGCCACAGAAGUUAUUCAUCAGGUUUCCAUGACGUAGAAUAAUUGUAGUUAAACACAGACUAGAAUCAUUAGGAAACCUUAACACUCACUGUAGCCUCCUUAGAUUAGUCGAGAUAAGACGCUGAAACGCUUGGGAAUGUAGUCCAGGGUGUGUAUUAGUGAAAGAUGAAGUGUGAAAUCAGUGGGAAAACGAAGAAUAGUGAAAAAAAAACAUUAGCAACAAGGAAAAAGUAAAAAAAUAAAUAAAUAAAUACUAAAAUGAAUACCCUAAAAAGUGCAAACGUUCUUACUUCUCCACAUUUGGUGCAUCUUUUAGUACAGUCAUGAUGAGAAGUCAAGUAACCUCCUGCACUCAUUUCCGUUGUGCUUCAUGUUCCUCAGUUCGAAGGCAUAUAAUCUGCUGAGAAUCUCCUAACAACACGUGGCAAUUGAUAGUUUCAGCAGACCAGAUGAUAAAGAAUAAAUAAAUAAAUAAAUAAUGAUAAAAAUAAUAAUAAUAAUAAUAAUAAUAAUAAUAAUAAUAAUAAUAAUAAUAAUAAUAAUAAUAAUAAUAAAUGGGGGAAAACAAUAACUACGGGGAAAGCGAGUGGGGCAGGCUGCUUGACCUCUGACUAUGACUUUAUUAUGACCCCACAUCCAAUAAAUACUUUGGCAUAUCAUAUAGAUUUUCUACCUGUAUAUUGAUGAUGUAUUCCUCUACCUUGAAAUUUUUCGUCGUAAACAUUGUGUAUCUAAGCUGCGUGUUAUCUGUAUGUGACAUUGACUCGUAUAUCCUCUCUUUCUAAGGGUCAGUGUUGACCGUCAAGCGAAAUAGGCACCUUUAAACAUCAUAUUGAUAGUUCAGUAAACCCCAUUAAAAAAAAAUGUCAUAAUUAUCACAUAGCAAAAUCGUUAUCAAGUCUUCGUCAUCACGCAUAGCAUCAUGACUUGUGAAUUUGGGGAACCCAUGAAAGAAAAACGGCA